GCAGCUACCCGGAUAUACGAGUUGUCGUUCUUUACGGGCUUUGGGGUUUCUGCAGUUGUCUAUUGGGCACUGAAUCGCGUUUUCCCAGUGGUUGGAGCUGCUGACACGUUUGAGGAAAUCGAUGUGUCUGGGUAUGCAUACAAGGCAGGUGAUUCGCGCGAUGGUGAGGAAGUAGAUAUGAAGGACGGGGGAUCAGAAACUGCGAGCGAAAGAUAAGGUUCUAGGGUGAAGGAAACUAUGUCAUAUUCAAAUGCCAAAUAUGGCGAGAGGAUGAUGUCAUUGUUUAGGGGUUGCCACCUACUCUCAUCUGCCCACACCAUACAUUUGCCAUAAAUUCAAACAGAAUGUCGUCCGGAGGCACACAAUCACCACCUCUUGAGUUUACAGACUCGCAUAGGCCCAUGGGAGUUUCUUGCAUCGAUGGUAGCGUCUCAGAGCCAAUGUUGGAUGCGGAGCAACGAAAGACUUACUUUGCUGAGCCGGAGCCGAAGGAAGAACGUGGAAGAACGAAGGAGAUAGGGAAGGAGCAGCAAAAAGGAUCCGCGAAGGGUAAAGAGGAUUGAUUGUUAGCAACAUUCAUCGGAACGUGACUAGUUCAUGAAUCAUCGGUCGAAUU